CGUCGCAGUUUUAAUGAGAUUGAAUGAGAGUCCGGGCGCGGGGUGGGGGAACUGGCCGAGGUCCCGACCUCUGAGCUGCGGCUGUUAGUCCGCAGACCUGCCUUUGGGGAAGUUUUCCGGCUUCAAUCUAGAGAUUUAAAGUGAGUUUAAUGCCGGGCGUGACACGUGUCCGUUCCCUCAGCUGGGAAGCUGAGGCAGGUGGAGUGCAAAUUCAGUCCCAGCGUGGGCAAUCGAGUGAUUUAACAAGAUACUGUCUCAAAAAGGUCUCAGGGCAACGACCCUGAGUUCGAUCCCCAGCACCGCUGAGCCAUCGCAUGCUCCGAGCAGGGUUAGUGCCGCGCGCCCCUGUCAAGGGACCGACCCCCCGCCCCGCCCGGAGAGCCAGGGUGCUCCAAGGAGCGGGCGAGUACUGGCCUCCCACGUCAGCCUCCCGCCUCAGUGUCCUCGGCGUCACGCAGGCACCCCCAGGGCCCGCCCCCCACGCAGGGGAGGACGACAAUAGGCCUGUGUCGCAGGGGCCCUUGACGCGUAAUAAGCGCAGGGACCCCGGGGGCCCCGUCCUCGGCCGCGUUCGGGACGGCAGCAUGGCGCUGCCGCCCUUGUGCCUGCGGCUGGAGAAAGGCUUCGUGCUCGACUGCGUGGCCGUGGGUUCCGUGGCCCGCGCUUACGGCAGUGUGCGGCCCAAGCUGUGGUCAGCGAUCCCGCCCUACAACGCGCAGCAGGACCCGCACGCGUGCCGCUACUUCCGCAGCCGCCCGGUGCCUCCCGUGCUGCGCAGGACCGACCAGGACCAUGGUGGUACAGGACGGGACGGCUGGAUAGUGGACUAUUUCCACAUUUUCGGGCAGGGACAGCGGUACCUCAACAGGAGAAACUGGGCAGGGGCAGGGCAUUCCCUCCAGCAGGUGACCGGCCAUGACUACUACAAUGCCCAUCCGAAGCUGGGCCCUGGGCUCAAUGGCCGGUUUGGCUACCGUAGGAACACCCCGGCCCUCCGCCAGCGGCCCUCGGUGUUUGGAGAGGUCACCCCGUUUCCUCUCUACUGACAGCACUGCUGCCCUUCUCAGCCCUUCAGCUGCAUUUCUUGGACAGAGGCUUAGAGGAACUCUCAAUAUUAUUUUAUAUUAAAGUUCUGUUUGUCUCCCUG